UGAAAGAUACUACUCACCUACAAAAUCUACAAAUAAUUAAUUGGUACAAACCUUCUAUUUAUAUCCUUUCCUUUUUUUAGUAUUAAGUAGUUGAUAUUAGUUAGUUAAAAGGUACUACAAAAUGUGGAAGAUCAAGUUUGGUAGGAAUUCAUCAAAGGAAAAAGAAGAGGAAUACUUGUUUAGCACAAACAAUUUCUUAGGAAGACAAACAUUCGAGUUCGACCCGAAUGCAGGCACACCUGAAGAACGAGCCCAAAUCCAACAGGCUCGUCACAACUUUUACACAAAUCGCUACAACGUUAAAUCUUCUAGCGACCAUAUUAGCCGACUUCAGAUGCUUAAUGAGAGAAAGUUCAAACAAACAAUUGAGCAAGUGAAGAUGAAUAAUGAUGUUGAUGAUGAUGAUGAUGAUGAUGAGAAUAAAUACAAAGCAGCCAAUGCAGCCAUGAGAAGAUCAAUUAAGUACUGGUCAGCUCUUCAAUCACCACAUGGCCAUUGGCCUGCUCAAGCUUCUGGCAGUAUGUACUUGACCCCACCACUGGUAUUUUGCGUCUAUAUUACAGGUCAUUUGGAUAUAAUACUGAAUGAACAUCAUAAAAGAGAAAUAUUAUGGUAUAUGUAUUGUCAUCAAAAUGAAGAUGGUGGAUGGGGAGUGCACGUUGAAGGACCAAGCAUGAUGAUGUGCACAGUUAUGAACUAUCUCGCCAUGCGCCUUCUCGGAGAAGGGCCUAACGGCGGUCUUGAAAAUGCAUGUGCCCGAGCUCGAAAAUGGAUUCUUCACCAUGGCGGAGCAACUGGAUCUGCCUCUUGGGGAAAGACUUGGAUGGCUAUACUUGGUGUAUAUGAUUGGGAUGGAUGCAAUCCAAUACCACCAGAGUUUUGGCUAUACCCUUCCAUUUUCCGUCCAUCAAAUUUGAUGUGCUACUCAAGACUGACUUACUUGCCAAUGUCAUAUUUAUAUGGGAAAAAAUUUGUUGGCCCAAUUACACCUUUGAUUGAAGAACUUAGAGAAGAAAUCUACAAUGAGCCUUACAAACAAAUCAAAUGGACCAAUAUGCGUCAUGUUUGUGCCAAGACUGAUAACUACUACCCCCAUGGUAAGAUACAACGUCUCUUGUGGGAUAGUGUCUAUUACUUUGCUGAGACUUUUACUGGUAUUUGGCCUUUUACAAAAAUGAGAGAGAAUGCACUUCAAAAAGUAAUGGAAUACAUUCAUUACGAAGAUGAGAAUAGUCGAUAUAUUACCAUUGGCUCAGUUGAAAAGGUUUUAAUGAUGCUUGCUUGUUGGGAUGAAGAUCCAAAUGGAGAAUAUUUUAAGAAACAUAUUCCUAGAAUUGAUGAUUAUAUAUGGAUUGCAGAAGAUGGAAUUUGUUUGCAAGGCCUCACCAGUCAAUGUUGGGAUUGUAGUUUCUCUUUGCAAGCUCUACUAGCUGCAAAUAUUAGUGAAGAAAUUGGAGAUGUGCUAAAGAAAGCACAUGAGUUCUUGAAGCAAUCACAAAUUAGGGUUGAUGUUCCAAACUAUUCAAAAUAUUUUCGACAUAUUUCUAAAGGGGGAUGGACUUUUUGUGAUCGUGAUCAUGGAUGGCAAGUUUCUGAUUGUACUGCAGAAGCAUUAAAGUCUUGCCUUUUGCUCUCAAUGAUGUCACCUAAUAUUGUUGGAGAGCCUAUGGAUGUAGAACACUUGUAUGAUUCUGUAAAUCUCAUCCUUUCACUACAGAGUGAAAAUGGCGGUUUAACGGUUUGGGAACAAGGAGGAGCUCCGAAAAUAUUGGAAUGGCUUAAUCCAAUGGAGUUCAUUGAGGAUGUUGUCAUUGAAUAUGAAUAUGUAGAAUGUACUGCUUCCUCAAUAGAAGCAUUAAAUCUAUUUAAGAAGUUACAUCCAAACCAUAGGAAAAUUGAAAUUGAGAAUUUCAUUACCAAAGCUGUUAAAUUCAUCGAAAACAAACAAACGACUGAUGGUUCUUGGUACGGAAGUUGGGGGAUUUGCUUCAUUUACGGUACAUGGAUGGCCGUUAGAGGUUUAAAGGCCGGUGGAAAACAUUACUCUAAUUGUCAAGCUGUUCGUCGAGCUGUUGAUUUUUUACUCAAAAUACAAAGAGAAGACGGCGGUUGGGCAGAAUGUUACACUUCUUGCACUAAUAAGGUUUACACUCCUACUAAAGGAAACCAACCACAUUUGGUGCAGACUUCUCUUGCAUUAAUGACUUUGAUUCAUACUAAACAGGCUGAGAGAGAUCCUACUCCUAUUCAUCGUGCUGCAAAAGUGUUGAUCAAUUCUCAAUUAGAGGAUGGUGAUUUCCCUCAACAGAUGGCUUUGGGAUCUUUCAUGAAAAAUGGCAUUCUAAAUUACGUUUCCUACAAAAAUGUCUUCCCUAUUUGGGCGAUUGCUGAGUAUCGUAAUUUAGUUCUACUACCAACUAAAUGAAUUGGACAACCGUUAUAAGAUACUUGUGUACGUAUUGAGCUUUAAAUUUUUAAUCGAGUCUGUGUUGUAUCACAUUGCUUAUGUGUAAGUAACUUGUGGUAUUUAUAUUAUAUUUAGUAACUAUCAAAGCUUAAACGGAAUAAUAAGGUUUUAGUAAUUGAAUAAAUAAUAUGUUUGGUGUGAUUUUAUAAGAAAAUAAAAACCAAUUUCUAUAAAACAUAA